AUGUCGUUCGUGUCGCGUCUGGGGCAGGCGCUCCGACGCUCCCUGUUGGGCGUCAAGAAUGACACGGCACGCAUUAUGCGCAUGGAAGUCUCCGCGAUGGAGCAUGCCACGGACUCUCAGCUCCUCUACAAACUGGCCACGCCAGCUGAUCUCGAGCAGAUGGCCACAGGAGCUGACUCGGAUAUUGGCGGCCUCUCGCGCUGCCACUUUUCGCUAGAGCGCGAGACACUGGAGGGUAAAGUGCCUUCUGUGUUUGGUCGCUUCUAUGGAACGCUAAGCUCGCAGAUUCCUCGUGGCUCCUCCCUCGAGCGAAGUGGAUACGCCGCAUUCCGGAACAAAACUCGGCCUACCUUGUUCAGCAUGCAGACUUGGGACACGUCCUUCCACCCAUACCUAGCUAUCCUUGUGCGCAACCGCUUGGCAUCCUCCUCGACUCCGUCGUCGCCGUCGCUUCGGUCCGCGUUGCAUGCGAACGACCAGACGGGCCCGGCCAUUCCACGGGCCGUGGAGGCGCUAGGCCUCCCGUAUGGCAAUGUGCCUGCACGUUCCCCUGAUCCGCCGCUCUUUUUCGUCAAUAUACAGACAGAUGGACCUGUUACGACGGAUCUGUACCAGCAUCGUCUCUUUCUCGAUGAAUCCCAGGGCACAAACUGGCAAACGAUCACCAUCCCUUUCGACUCGUUUGUGCUCACGAACCUCGGAGUCGUGUCCGACCUGCAGGUGUCUAUGCUGCGCGAAAAAAUCCUUACCGUGGGCGUGAGCGCGCUCGUCGACCCGCCGCUCUUGCCUGUGCGCGAAGAGGGUGAGCCGGAGCCUGCCACGGCUCCCGAGACACUGGGUGCCUUGCGUCGUGAGCCAUCUCGUGGAGGCAAACGAGACACGCUAGUCAAGUUUGACUUGGACAUUGCUGGCAUCUGGGCCGUGGCGUCACCGGUGGACGCCAUGCAACUCUUGUAG